AUCUUCCAAGACUUGGAUCACCCUAACUUCUUCUUCAAUUUUCUUCAAUCAAAUGGCACAUUUCUCUUCGAGACUUAAGCUUCUCUCAAGCAACGAUGGAUUGUCAUUUGGUGUAGAUUCCAGAGACCAAUUGCGGCAAAGCCUUUACAUGGCCGGUGGUGGAACUCCUUUGGUUCCAAUACGCAGAAGCCGAUUAAAGUUCUGUGCAAGAAUUUUCUCGUCUUACUCUUUUCCUUACAAGAGAAAGAAAAUUAGGGAUUUCGAUAACACCGAGAAAAAUCUUGGUAUUGAUGAAGACAACGAUGAAUGGGAUUUUGAUGGAGACGAUGAUGGUUUAGAGACUGAUGAUCUUUCUUGCUUCAGAGGCUUAGUUCUUGAUAUUUCAUACAGGCCGGUCAAUGUGGUUUGCUGGAAGCGCGCAAUCUGUCUCGAGUACAUGGAUAAGGCCGACGUUUUGGAGUAUUAUGAUCAGACCGUUAGUUCUCCUACUGGUUCAUUCUAUAUACCAGCUGUAUUAAGGGUUCCACAUUUGCUUCAGGUUGUUAAAAGAAGAAGAGUGAAAAACUCACUAAGUCGUAAAAAUAUAUUACUGCGAGACGAUUAUACUUGUCAAUAUUGUUCUUCCCGUGAAAACUUGACCAUUGAUCAUGUUAUGCCGGUUUCUCGAGGUGGAGAAUGGAGCUGGCAAAACCUUGUAGCUGCAUGUUCGAGAUGUAACUCAAAGAAAGGUCAGAAGACAGCAGAAGAAGCACACAUGAAGUUACUCAAGGUCCCGAAGGAACCAAAAGACUAUGACAUUGUUGCAAUACCAUUAACAAAUGCAGCUAUAAGGAUGCUGAGAUCAAAUAAGGGAAUGCCACAAGAAUGGCGUCAGUAUCUGGCGAAACCUUUACCCGAGCCAUAGCAGUUUAUCUCAGGAAUAUCAAGGAGCAAAAGAGGUCCGUCCAGCUCCAGGCCAUCUCGUAAAUAUAGAACGGUGGCUCUAUUGCAUAUGUAGAUUCAUCUAGUUUAACUUCAAAACUGUUCAUAGUUUGUCAUGGACUUGAUUUGAGUACGCACUCAAAUGUAUAUAAUACGUAAAUAAUGUCGAGCAUAAGUA